AUGGCAGAAACUCAACAACUCAAUUCCACCUUCCUACGCCCAAACUUCUUCAUACUGACUGGCUUUCCAGGGCUAGGAAACCAGACUUGGCUGACACUGGUCUUUGGACCCAUUUAUCUGCUAGCCCUGCUGGGCAAUGGAGCACUGUUGGCAGUGAUGUGGAUAGACUCUACACUGCACCAGCCCAUGUUUCUACUCCUGGCCAUGUUGGCAGCCACAGAUCUGGGCUUAGCCACAUCUAUAGCUCCAGGGUUGUUGGCUGUACUGUGGCUUGGGCCCCGAUCUAUGCCAUAUGCUAUGUGCCUGGUCCAGAUGUUCUUUGUACAUGCACUGACUGCCAUGGAAUCCGGUGUGCUUUUGGCCAUGGCCUGUGAUCGUGCUGUGGCAAUAGGGUGUCCACUGCACUACCCUGUCCUGGUCACCAAAGCCCGUGUGGGUUAUGCAGCCCUGGCAUUGGCACUGACUGUGGCUAUUGUUGUGCCUUUCCCACUGCUGGUGGCAAAAUUUGAGCACUUCCAAGCCAAGACCAUAGGCCAUACUUAUUGUGCACACAUGGCUGUGGUAGAGCUGGUAGUGGGUAACACACGGGCCAACAACUUACAUGGUCUGGCACUUUCACUGGCCAUCUCAGGUAUGGAUAUUCUGGGUAUCACUGGUUCCUACGGACUCAUUGCCCAUGCUGUGUUGCAGCUGCUUACCCGGGAGGCCUGUGCCAAGGCCUUUGGUACAUGUAGUUCUCACAUCUGUGUCAUUCUGGCCUUCUAUAUACCUGGUCUCUUCUCCUACCUCACACACCGCUUUGGUCAUCACACUGUCCCAAAGCCUGUGCACAUUCUUCUUUCCAACUUCUACUUGCUGCUGCCACCUGCCCUCAACCCCCUCAUCUGCGGGGCCCGCACCAAGCAGAUUAGGAACCGACUCCUGGAAACCUUCAGAUUCAGAAAAAGCCUGUUGUGA